AAAAAGGAUGACAUUUGCGGCAGAGCCUAAUACAAACCAAGUUCCCAACUUGAUCACAAUUGCAAGUUUUCAACUGAAGAAAAACUGGUUCUUUGAGUAUUGACUUGAUAUACGCAGAAGAAAACUUUGAGUAUUGACUUGAUAAAUGCACCCAACCAAAAUAGUGAUCUACGCAGAAGAAAACUAAACCCAGCGUUGAUGACGCCCGGUGACAGUUACAUAACCCUCAUUGCAUGCAGCGUCCUAAGAACAAGGCCAGUCAUAGCAUUUUCAAACUUUGAAUCUUUCUUUGGAUCCAUUAAAUUAAAACCUUUUAUUGUAUUCUCAUAUGAUUCUCAGAAGGAAUAUCAAGCUAAGAAAAUAAGCAAAAGUAGUAUGUCUUGGGGUAUCUUGGUUUUGCUGCUGCUGGUGAAUUCAGCCCUGGCCAAUGGAAGAGGGGACGGAUGUCAAAAAACCCAACAACAGAGAGUUGCAAGAAUGGGAGCUGUAGUUGAUUUCACCUCUCGUGUGGGAAAAGAACAGAGAAUAGCUAUGGAUUUGGCUAUCCAAGACCUUCUUCACUCGAACUGCCUUACAGUAAAUUUAGACCUCAGAGAUUCACAGGGAAGUACAGCUAAAUCAACUGCUGCUGGUAAUUUAUAGUACUUCCUUUCCAAGCUUUAGUACGAAAACCAUAGAAACAUUACUGGCUAGCUAGUUUUCUUAUAUAUACUUGGCUAUCUAUGGUUGUUUUCUUUUGCAGCAAUCAAUCUUCUGAAUGGCAAACAAGUUGAAGCCAUCAUUGGAACACUGACAAUGCAAGAAGCAGCUCUUGUCUCUGAGAUUGAUAAUCAAACCGCAAACUUCACCAUUUUAUCACUUGCUUCACCUGCCAUAAACCCACCAUCAGCCUCACUUCAAAUGCCAAAUUUUCUCCAAGUUGCAAAUGACAUUGUUAUCCAUAUGCAAUGCUUGGCAGCCUUAGUCGGUCAUUUUCAAUGGAGAAAGGUGACUGCAAUUUAUGAACAAAAGAGUGAUUUUUCCUACAAUUCUGGAAUGAUAACCCUCCUCUCCGAUUCACUUAAAUUAGUCAACUCAGAGAUUGAGCACCACCAAGCUUUCCCAACCCUCUCUUCUCUCUCUGAUCCAGAUUCCUUUUUCGAUGAAGAGCUGAAGAAGUUGAGGAACAAAAGCAACAGGGUUUUCAUACUUACCCAGUUCUCUUUAAAUUCAGCUGUUUUUCUCUUUGGAAAGGCAAAGGAAACGGGGAUGAUGGGCAAAGGCUAUGUAUGGAUUGUCACAGAUGAGAUUGCAAGUCUUCUCGACUCUGUUGAUUCUUCUAUCAAGUACAAUAUGCAAGGUGUUAUUGGUAUUAAAACCAACUUCAUAGAAAUAAGUACAACCAACAAUUUCGCGAAAUUCAAAACCAGAUUUCGCAGACUAUAUGGACUGCAAUACCCUGAAGAAGAAGAAAACUCUAGCCCUAGCAUCUUUGCUCUUCGAACGUAUGACGCAAUGCAGGCCAUGGCUCUAGCCAUGAAAUAUGCUACCUCAAAACAUUUGUCUCAAGAAAUUGUGUCCACCAAAUUCCAAGGUCUAAGUGGCAUGAUGGAGUUCAAGAAUGGCAUGCUAUCACAACAACCCAACUUUCAAAUCAUUAAUGUGUUUGGCAGAAGCUACAGUGAGAUUGCAUUCUGGUCACCAAGCUUCGGUUUCUCAGAGGACAUGAACAAACACCUUGAUAUGAAGGAGAGGACUAACCACAAUUAUGUUCAAGUUUUGGGUCCAAUCAACUGGCCAGGUGGCUUACAAGCAGCUCCAAAGGGGUGGACUCUUGUUGAUGGAGAGAGACCGUUGAAGAUAGGGAUUCCGGCGAGGGGUGCCUUCAAUCAAUUUGUGAAAGUCACAUAUGACCAGGACAAGAAGCAGACACACAUCUCAGGGUUUUCAAUUGAUAUCUUUGAAGCAGCUGUCAAAAACCUGCCUUAUCAGUUCUCUUAUGUGUUUGUUCCCUUCAAUGGCACAUAUGAUGAAUUGGUGGAACAGGUCUACUACAAGGGUUUGGAUGCAGCUGUUGGUGAUAUAGAAGUCAUAGCUGACCGGUAUCAUUAUGUUGAGUUCUCACAACCAUAUAUAAGCUCUGGAAUUCAGAUGGUAGUCACUGUAAAGCCAGAUAAGCUGAAGGAAAAAUGGAUGUUCAUGAAUGCCUUCAGCAAAAGCAUGUGGUUGCUCAUGAUCACUACGCACCUUUCUGUAUGCUUUGUUGUCUGGUUUAUUGAAUGCGAACAUGGGAAAAACUUUGAAUUAGAAGGAAUUGGGGCCAUCCUGUGGUUCUCUGUCACCGUCUUAUUCUUCGUGCAAAGAGAACGAGUUCAGAGUAAUUGGGCUCGGCUGGUGCUGGCUCCAUGGUUAGUAGUGAUUCUAGUAGUAACAGCCACUUUCACAGCGAGCCUCACUUCCAUGAUGACCAUCUCUCGAGUCCAGCCAUCCGUGCUCAAUGUGGAAACACUUAAGAAAGAAAAUGGAACUGUUGGAUGUAAUGGCAACUCUUUUAUUAUUAGGUACCUGAUCAAUGUUCUAGAGUUCAGACCAGAAAACAUCAAGAGAAUUGCCUCCAUAAGUGACUAUCCAAAGGCCUUCCAGAAUGGAGAUAUUCAAGCAGCUUUCUUCGUCGCCCCCCAUGCUAAAGUCUUCCUGGCAUGUUACUGCAAGGGCUAUAUGAAGACAGGUCCUAUAUACAAUCCUAGCGGCUUUGCAUUUGCUUUUCCAAAGGGGUCUCCUCUUGCCAUUGAAAUGUCAAGGGCAAUCCUACAUGUAAAUGAGAAGAAGCAAGUAGAGCUAUUAGAAAAACAAAUGCUCUCCUCCUUUAACUGCUCCCCUGCACUGAACUUGAAAGAUGGUCCAAUUGGUUAUGAGCCCUUUUCCGGCCUAUUUCUAAUUUCGGGUUUGGUUUGUGCAUUUGCCCUAUUGGUUACGAGUGGGCGUAUGGCCGGUAGACAUCUGCAGAAUAUGAGCAGCACACGAGCAAUACUAACGAAAACAGGAAUUCUAAGAUGGGCUUUUAUGUACUGGAUUCAGAGCUGCAGAAAAUCUCAAAAGCAUUGCUCCACAACCUCCAUCCUGGAAACUUGAUCUACAAGGAACAUGAGCAGUAGUGGUGAUAUAGUGAUUAUCAGUUUAUCACACACCACUAAGAUUAGUUUACAGAGUUUUAUUGUAAGCUCUCAAGAUUUAAUUCUUAUCUGACAAAUUGUAAAAACGUACAUGUAAAUUUUUACAUGUUAUAGAGUGAAUGAAAUGUA